AUGUCCGCACAUUGUCUUCGCGCUCGUUCAUUAUUGAACUGCCCUCGCUACCUUCGUCGAAGAUGGGCUGCCGGCUCCGAAUACCAUUUAUCGCCUGUGAAUCUUCACACUUGCCGGGCUUUAUCUUGCACAAGCGUCACCCGCAACUUGUCUAAUCCUCCAGACACUCCUGAGGACCACGACAGGAUCCAGGCCAAGCUCCCUCUCAAGAGCAUCCUACGCAAUGCAAGGCGGUUCCGGGACUUUGAUAUGGAGAGUCGUGUAUAUGCGAUUACGGGCGGAGGCCGAGGAUUAGGUCUUGCAAUGGGGGAGGCCUUGAUCGAGGCUGGCGCAAAAGUAUACGCAUUGGACCGCCUGGAGAGUCCACACCCAGACUUUCUCAAAGUCAAAGAGAAAGCAGAAAAAGAAUACGACAGUGCCAUAGAAUAUAUCCGCAUUGACGUCCGCGACAACCCCCAAGUCCACAACACCUUCGCCGCCAUCGCCGCCCAAGAGAAACGACUCGACGGCCUCAUCGCCGCCGCAGGCAUCAACCACCUCCAGCCGGCCCUCGACCACUCCCAACAAGCCCUCAACGACGUCCUCUCCAUCAACUACACCGGCGUCUUCAACUCCGCCACCGCCGCCGCCCGCCAAAUGUUCAACUACCACACAAAGGGCUCCAUUCUCCUGGUUGCCUCGAUGAGCGGGCUGAUCGCCAACAAGGGCAUGACGUCGCCCGUGUACAAUUCCUCCAAGGCCGCCGUUGUGCAGCUUGCGCGGUCGUUGGCGAUGGAAUGGGGUCGGUACGGGGUGCGUGUGAAUAGUCUUUGCCCGGGGCAUAUCAUCACCCCGAUGGUGGAGGAUGUGUUUCGGAAGAAUCCCGAGGCGCGCGCCAUCUGGGAGGCGGAGAAUAUGCUGGGCCGGUUGGCGAUGCCGGAAGAGUUUCGAGGCGCGGCGAUGUUCUGUCUCUCAGAUGCAAGUAGUUUUAUGACCGGUAGUACGCUUGUGAUUGACGGUGGACAUACAGCCUGGUAG